UUUAUUUUAAUAAUUUUCACUUUUUGAUAUGAGUGAACUAGUUAAGUUAAGUUAAGUUAAGUUCUUGAUGAAGCUGAAAGAAAAUCUUAACACUUAGCUUAAGUGAUUUGAAUAAUCAUAGUGACAUGUCAUGAUGGUCUUUGUGUUCUGAAGAAUAUUCAGUGUUUGAUACUGAUUUUGGUUUGAUUGUUUAGACAUAAGAAGGAAAAGUUUGAUAUUUGCAUGGAAGGGAGAGAAGGUAGCAGCACUGGAGUUACGGUGAUAGGAGCGGAAGCUCCGUCGGCGUAUCAUAUGGCACCGAGGAGUGAAGCUCCGAGCCAGCACGGUGCUGUUUCUGAAUCAGGAGGUGGAGGAGUUAUUGGUGUCUCGCCGGUGAGCUUGGGAAUGGAUGGAGGGACAAUUAAGAAGAAAAGAGGUAGGCCAAGGAAAUACGGGCCAGACGGAUCGGUUUCUGGUGUGGCGUUAUCGCCUUUGCCGAUCUCGUCUUCAGGUCCUUUUUCGAAUGAGUUUUCGUCGGGGAAGCAAGGGAGACCGAAGGGGAUGGAGUUCAAGCAGGCGAAGAAAGUCGGAGUUGAUCCUUUUGGUGACUCGGUUGGGACCAACUUUAUGCCGCAUAUCAUUACCGUAAACGCUGGCGAAGACAUUACAAUGAAGGUUAUAUCGUUUUCCCAGCAAGGACCGCGAGCUAUAUGCAUCUUAUCCGCCAGCGGUGUGAUUUCAAACGUUACACUUCGCCAGCCUGAUUCGUCUGGCGGUACUUUGACCUAUGAGGGCCGUUUUGAGAUACUUUCGCUGUCUGGAUCGUUCAUGCCUACCGAGAGUCAAGGAACGAGAAGCCGGUCCGGUGGAAUGAGUGUUUCUUUGUCAAGCCCCGACGGUCGUGUUGUAGGCGGUGGAGUUGCCGGUCUUCUAGUAGCCGCCAGUCCUGUGCAGGUGGUGGUUGGAAGUUUUCUGCCAAGUAAUCAGCAAGACCAGAAACCAAAGAAGCCAAAAUCUGAUUACCCAACAGCCACCUUAACCGCGCCUAUAGCAGUGUCUUCCACGCUGCCACCACCAACCAAUGGCGAAAGAGAAGAUGUCAUGAGUGGACACAUACUACAAAAUUCCGGAACACUUAACUCAAACCUUACGUCUCCCUCGGCCUUUCGUCGAGAAAACUGGGUUAACAUGCACUCCAUGCCGGACUCAAUGAAGUCUGCAACCGAUAUUAACAUAUCUUUGCCCGAUAAUUAAGUCGACAAUCAAAUCAAACCGGUGUUGUUGACUACAUUCAUAACUGAGGUGUUUAUUUAAUGUUUUCAAUGUUGUUCUGUAUUAUGUAGAUUGUUUCAAACAAGUUAUCUAUUAUUGUCUAAUUAUUAUUACCUAGGUUGUAUGUUGCAGCUAUGUUCCUUUGUUUAAUAGAGUUUAUGAUGUUUAGGCUAAUUUGGAUGUGAUAUUUGCUGCAAUAUGAAUUUGUUGAAGCUUAAUUUGAUGUUAUGAGUCCCA